ACAUGCAUAUAUGGAAAUGCACUGCAAAUAGCACAGGAAAUUAAUAGAUUGUUUAUUAGAUUUUAUGGAGAUGCAUAAUCAUCCGAACUGAUUUCCAGAGAUAUUGAGUCAUCUGGUGAAAUUGUAUUCAUAUUGCAAUAUAUAUCGCAAAGUAAACAAAUACCACAAUGCUAGAUUUUUCCAAUAUCAUGCAGCCCUAUUAAACAUUACCGGAUGUGUUGUUGAAACAGGAUAGCAAGAUGGGAUUUAAACGUGCCCGUAAAUUUGACCAUAAUCACCCUCCCCUCAACAAAUCAGCAAAGUGAUCACAAAAAUGCAUUAAAUCUCCAGGUGUAAAUGAGAAUGUGUCUCCCUUGUACACUUGUAAGUAAUGUCCAUUUAUAUUGUGCAUUUGCUUGUGAUCUGGUUGACCAGAUUGCAUAUUGAUACCAGAUGUAAACCAAGACUAUUCUGUGACGAGGACAAUAACGCGGUAUUGCACUAUUGUAAAUUACUUAUCCAUACAAACUGUGUUUUAAUUAAUGUGCCUUUAGUCAAAUAACUUCAUCUCAUGUACACUGGCACGAGGGUGGGACAACUUGAUUAACCAAUAACAAACCACAAUACUCUGACAUUGCAAUCAAUUCAUUAUGAACAAAAUCAAGCUUCUCAUUCAGCAUUUUUUUCGGUUUAUUUACUUUUUUCACAAUAAGAAGGAAAAUACUAAUUUACAUUUUUAUAACUUAGUGUACUGGAAUGUGAAAGGGGUUAACCAUACAGUAUAUACCUGUUCUCCAGCAACUUCAUUGGCUAUCGGUUAGGUCACAUAGUGGUUUUAAGACUCUGAUUUUAACUUAUAAAGCAGUCCAUUGGCUAGCUCCUGAUUACAUCUGUGAUCUUUUGACACUUUCUACUCCUGCUCACUGUCUUCGUGUUUCGGGUCUUACUCUGUUCCAGCCACGCUACAGGAAUGCCUUGUCACUGGACUGUUUUAAGAAGCUUCUUAAGACUCACCUUUUUAGUAGUGUUUUAAUGCGUGAUCUAUUGUUAUCUUACUUAUUGUUAUACUGUUAUUUAUUGUUUUUUGCCUUGUAGCGCUUUGAGCUUGAGAAAAACACAUAACAAAUAAAAUGUAUUAUUAUUAUUAUUAUUAUUAUUAUUAUUAUUAUUAUUAUUAUUUCACUAAGGUACUUACCCAUUUAAAGAGUCUGGAGGCAGAUAUAGCAUUUCUUCCAGAAAGUCAUUUAAUGUCAGCUGACCAUUAUAAACUAAGAAAAUAGUCAUAGUCUAUUCUGAUUUCAUGGUUAGUUUAAGGUCCUAGUAAUAACUCUUAGUUGUGUCUUUUAAAAGGGUAAAAGUGAAAGACAUCAGCCUCAGAAAAGCAUCUUACUUUUUGACUAUCAAAUACGUUUACUAAUGGUCCUGAACACAAAUACUAAGUGGGUUUUUCCCACAAAUGAAUUCGCUGCUGAGGAUAAUCUACCACUUAGCCGACAUUCCUCUGAGAUCCAGUACUGUAUGUCUUUGCAUAACUGGCCUAUUUACUUGAAAACAGUUUUGAGAGUGCAGCAUAAGGCAAAAAAAACAUUCAAAUGAAGGAGCAGAGCUGGAUUUGGCCCAAAUUAGAAAGAGGGAGAGUUGGAGGGGCAGAGGAACAAAGAGGCUACUUUUAUUUGCACACAGCGUAGUCGGGGCAGUGUUGUUGUGGUUCAGGAACGAAUAGACUCUUGUUUGCUCAAGAACAUUCACACAGAACUAAUAGAAAAAAACAUCUAUCCAAACAUGGAACAAUGGAAAUCUGGCAUUCCAUAUCCCUAUAAAACAUUGUGGCAUAAAAUAUUGCUGAUUAUCUCAAUAUUAGCACGUAUUUUAGAACUUUUUAUGGACCAUUUUGAUGGAUGUAAACAAUUUACAUCAGUCAUAAUGUGUUUCCUGUAUUACAUUUUGUGCUGUGCAGCUUCUCUGAUCUCUAAAAGUGCUCUAGCGACAAAUGCUAGAGACCAUUGUCUUUAGCUUCCUUGUUAGAGGAACUGACUUUCAUGCAGAAGGUCGCCAGUUCGAUCCCAGCUUAGAGAGCGUUGGGUGGUGUGGGACCGACGGGUUUACAUUAAGAAUCUAAAACAGUUCACAUAUUGAUAAAUUAUGUUAUGGCAGCCAUUUUAACAUUAAUAUAAAUAAAAGUGCCUCUUGUUUCAGUUAUGAAAAAGUUGGGUAACAAGCAGGAUACAAUGGGUAACAAGCAAUGGGCCAGCCACAUUGAGUCUAUAGUCUCUACUAAUUCACAAGUACUGAAAUGUAUUCUGUCCCCUUUCUAUGUAAGACUGCAUUUAUUUCGCCUUAUAAAUCAUUUCUACCUCAGUGGGGAACAAUUAAAAUGUUAAUUCAAUUCAAUUUGGGGUGAACUAACCAUUAACACAAAUGUGCCUUUGCACGUUUCUGCUUUGACUGAUUUGUAUUUCAAUAAAUGUUAACAUUACGAUCAAUGUAUUCCAACAAAUCUUUGGUGAGUUUUGAUUGUAUUUGAUGACAAACAAGUUUGUAGUAUUUUCUUAGUUAUUAAAGCUUCGUCGUGUGAAAUAACCCAGUAGUAUUUGCAGGAAGACCAAACACUUCAGUUAAACUUCAGCCAGUUACGCCUUUUUUGUCCAUUAGUGGGCAGCAGCAUUCCGUUCAAAACUGAAGUAUAUUUAUUUUUUUCACUAUCAUUAUUUUUAAAUCUCAUGCUCAACAAGUUCCCCCUAAUUCUACAGUAUGCAAAGAAAAACUAGAACUAGAAGUUAAAUGCAAAUGAAGUGAAUUGUAUUGAGGGAUUUAUAUGGAGACAUGGAUCAGGCACUGGAAAGGCUGGAAUCCAGUAUGAGGAAGUGUGACUUGUCAAAUCCAUGUAGGAUCAGUGUGUUGCGGUAAAGACAAGAUGAUGACAAAUUAACUUGGAUCCUCUAUCUGAGAUCAAAGACUCUGGAUGAAGAGCGAUGGCUCCAGCGGAGGAGGGUCUGAUCACCUGGUUAUCAAGCUUUUCUUCCUCCCUUCAGAUCAGCAUUGUGUCAGCUCUCUUCAUCAUCAUUUAUGUCACACUCCACAGCCUUUGUGCAAGCUGUUACAAUUUGUCCGAUAGUGCACCCUCCAGGCAUUUGGAAAGGAGAGAAAGUACAAAUAUCCCAUCUGCAGUUCCUCAAAACAUAGCUUUGUCGCAGAGUGCCGAAUGCAUGCCAUCUGCCACAGAUCGACCUGAUCAUACACUCCCAAUCCUGGAGGCUGAACUGAAUGAGGAAAAUCCUUAUGAAUGCAUCAGCGAGCCUCCAUUACAGCCUGACAACGCUGAAGAGCAGAAUAAGAGCCCUUCCCCAGCAAUGACAAAGCCUGAUGAUAAUCACUCCAUCUCAGCCUUCAGCAGACCAGUAAACAAGCCUCUCACUUCAGCUGACAGCCAGAGCCACUCACAGCCCAGUGCUGUUUACGCCUCAGUCAACUGGAAAACCAAGAGCCAGAAGAGCAUUACACCUCUGUGUUAUGCAGAUACUGAACUCGAUAUGAGGGAAACUGUUUGGGAGGCUCUUCCUCCCAUUCCAGACAAACAUUUCUAGUUUUAAUAUAGUUUAAUUUAAAUUUACAUAUUUUUAAAUUCACAUUUUGCUCAAAGACAUACACAAAUAAUGUAUUUAAUGCUUAUCUGAAUCAUUUGGAAUAAUAAAUAUAUCUGUUCCAAAUACACCGCGACUUGAUGUAAAACUGUUUAAAGGAAGCCAAGCGUGUCUGGGUUAUUGUAGGUCAGCGUGAGUCACAUGACAUGAUGCCUCCAGCCAAUACCCAGACUGGAUUGAGAGACUGAAACCCAACAUGCUUUUGCUGUCCAGACCUAAAAUCCCCUUUUGGAGGAUGAAGUCCGUCGGCCACGGCUGCCGACAGAAGAAAGCUUAUAAUCCCUAGACAUCAUUACAUGAUGAGCGGUUUCUUCCAAAUCUCUGUUUGCAAAUAGACAAAGCUGAAUAUUUAGCAAAUGGAGCAAACAAUGUAGGUGAAAGGUGAUGCGCCAGUGCAAACUGCAGAUCGCUGGCUAAACUGGACUUUUCACUGUACAUGACAAAUGUUAUGCAUUCAUUCUGCACUGUAUACUUCUUUUGUUGUCAUACAUGUGUUGUUUGUUGAAUCUGGACAGAUAUAAGAUAGAUGCUGAUAUUUGUACAUAAAAUUUCAUUUUAAUUCAGAAUUUUAAUUGUAAAUCAGUCUAUCUACUUGUCUGUCUGACUG